AUGGGUGGAGACGAUUCCAUCAAGAGUGUCCCACAAGAGAAGCGAGAGACGUCAGCCUCCUACGCCUCCAAAGAUGGGCCAGUAGCUAGGGAGCCGUAUGGGCCUUCAGGGUUCAGCGGCCUCUUCACCAACCCAUAUGUUGCCAUGUGCGCAGCAUUCGCUACCAUUGGAGGUCUUCUCUUUGGAUACGACCAGGGCGUCAUUUCAGUGACUCUUGUCAUGGACCAGUUCCUUGGAUGCUUCCCUCGUGUCUCGGACGAUGCUUCAGGCGCCGGGUUCUGGAAGGGCUUGAUGACUGCUAUGCUUGAGCUCGGUGCCUUGAUUGGCGCGCUAUUCGCCGGAUGGAUUGCAGACAAACUAUCCAGAAAAUACUCCAUUGUCGUUGUCGUCAUCAUCUUUACGAUUGGAAGCAUCUUACAGACAGCGGCUAUGAGUUAUGCUAUGCUCACUGUAGGGCGUUUGAUCGGAGGAAUGGGCAUCGGAGCACUUGCAACAAUCGCCCCACUCUACAUCUCCGAGAUCGCGCCGCCUGAAAUCCGCGGUGCUCUCCUGGUUUUGCAGGAGUUCAGCAUCGUCCUCGGUAUUGUAGUCGCCUUCUGGACUACAUACGGCACUCGCUAUAUGGCUGGAGAGUGGGCAUGGCGACUUCCUUUUCUUAUCCAGAUGAUUCCUGGUCUUAUUCUAGGCGCUGGUAUCGUCUUUCUUCCCUUCUCCCCUCGCUGGCUAGCAAGCAAAGGUCGUGACGAUGAGGCUCUUCACGUUCUCGGCAAGCUCCGCAAACUCCCUACCGACGAUGCCCGUGUCUUCCAGGAAUGGUGCGAAAUCCGUGCCGAAGUUGCUUUCAACCACGAAGUCAAUGCAGAGAGACAUCCCAAACUCCAAGAGAAAACUCGCACGAAUGAAUUCAAGCUCGAGGUUCAGUCUUGGCUCGACUGCUUCAGACACGGAUGCUGGAGACGUACCGUUGUUGGUGUUGGUAUCAUGUUCUUUCAGCAAUUUGUUGGCAUCAACGCGCUCAUCUACUAUUCGCCCUCGCUCUUCAAAACCUUAGGCCAAGACUACGAGAUGCAGCUUCUCCUCUCCGGUAUCAUCAACUGCACACAGCUCGUUGGUGUUGCGACAAGUCUGUGGACCAUGGAUCGCUUUGGACGUCGAUCGCUGCUCCUCAGCGGUGCUGGGCUCAUGUUCAUCUGCCAUCUCAUCAUUGCUGUUUUGGUAGGCAAAUUCGGUGGCCGGUGGGCUGACUACUCAUCUGAAGGCUGGGUUGCCGUUGCCUUCCUCUUCUUCUACAUGUUCAGCUUUGGUGCCACAUGGGGUCCCGUACCAUGGGCGAUGCCGUCGGAGAUUUUUCCUUCUUCACUACGCGCAAAAGGUGUUGCACUAUCAACAUGCUCCAACUGGUUCAACAACUUUGUCAUUGGCCUCAUUACACCGCCUCUAGUUCAAAACACUGGCUACGGCGCGUAUACCUUCUUUGCCGUCUUCUGCCUUCUCGCCUUUAUCUUUACAUUCUUCGUUAUUCCAGAGACGUCGGGAAAGACUCUCGAGGAAAUGGACCACGUGUUCCAGGACGUCAGCAGUGAGGCGGAAGAGCAGCAAAAGGCGCGCAUUAUGCGCGAAAUCGUCCAGGGGAAGAUUACCGAACCGGCUAUUAUAACCCCUUGA